AUGAGCAAGAAGAAGGUGGUGCUGGAGGAAGAGCAGUACGUCGAGAAACUCGGCCAGAUCAUUGAGCGUGACUUCUUCCCGGAUCUUUCCGUCCUCAAGAGACGGACAGAGCUGUUCCAAAACGACGAGAAAAGUGUGGUACGCGUGGACACAAUACCACGUGGGACGAGACUUGGAGACCGCACGUCCGAGCGAAGUGACGCGAGUGGCGUGGGAUGGGAUCACGCGCCAGAGCCGUUAGUUGACCACGACUUGAAGCAGAAGGACGAGAUCGAUGCUGGAGACAGUACCACGGCGUCGAUGACGCUGGACCGCUUUGUGGCAACGUACACUUCAGAGGACAAUGAAUCGUUCAAUGAACUGCAAGAUAAGGCAUUGAGAGACCAUAAGCGACGGUAUCAUUGGGCAUACGAUGACGACGAGGAGAGAGGCGAUCCAAAGCUUCACCUGUUGACGGAUGGGACAUGGAUUACAAAGGAGAAGCGGCGGAUCGUCGACGAGUCGUGUGCUCCAAAAGGCCCGAAAGACACGAGACCUAGCGCACCCGAGACAUGGAAGUUUCGUGCAAGAAAUUUGCUGUUGUUUCCACCGGAUUCCCCAUCAUCGCGAGAUGUACGUAGGGUGCCAGCUGGCUCAGAAGACCGACAGUUGCUUAAUUAUGAUCCGAGGUCGCAUACGAGACAGCCACCAAAGGCGAGAAAGAAGACGGUGUAUGCGAACUCAAGGUUUCCUCGCGAAAAUGCACGAUGUGAUGCUGUUGAAAGUAGCGGGAUAUCAUCGUCACCUCGAAAGGAUUACUCGUUGAUUCCGAUGACGCCACUAAUUGCACCAGGUGUGCAUGGAAGUCCACUGAUGACCUGGGGAGAGAUUGAAGGCACGCCAGCAGAACUUGGAGCCGUGUCAGUCCGCAAUAUGCAUACACCAAGUUUCGAGCUCCAAGAGACGUCGCGACGGGAGAAACUUGCCAAUCGAUUGGAGUCAGAAGCUCGCCAUCGCAACCUCGAUUCACGAACGCUGGGGCUCAAGACUCCGUUGAGGAAGCGCCCGGAAGUCGAUCGAAGGUCAAUGUCACGCAGUGUUCGUGCCCGCAUUUCUAGUGUUCGAUCGACUCCACUAGGAUCCGAUGUGCAAUUGAGGGCAAGCUAUUCUACACCUUCACGACCCCCGCGUCAUUUUUCGAAGCCACGGAAAUGA